AAAUAACAGACUGCAGGAGAAGAGAGCUUCACCAGGCAGGCACUUGUUUGCUGCAGAGCUGCCAUGCAGAAUGAGUUGGCCUUUUCCUGUAUGACAGAAGACACACAAGGGAGAAGAUGAUCUGCAGGAUCCUGCUCCUCAUCAUCCUCACCUCAUGUGUCUGUGGGUCAUUGGUAGUGAAUGUGUCACAGACCUUCUAUCAGGCAGAGGAGAAUGACAACAUCACAUUGGAGUGGAACUUCAUCACCAAAACUAACAGCUCACACAACCUUCUUUCUAUCUACUGUAACCUGGUAACCAAUCAGGAGCUCUCAGUCCUGUAUCAUGUGCAAAAUGGCGUUGAGGUUUCAGAGUUUCAAGAUAAAAGGUUUGCAGGUCGAGUCCAGAGUGACAGAGAUGCCCUGAGAGAAGGACGAAUCACACUUCGACUGUCCAGACUCGGGACUCGUGACUCAGGUCUGUAUGUGUGUAACGUGAACACAGAUUAUGGCUACGGCUCUGACAGCUGUCAACUCAACGUCACAGCAGCAGGGGAUUGGGUUGAACGUGAGACACCACACACAGGACAUGUCGGCAUCAUCGUUGGAAUAGCACUGAUGGGAUCAAUGGUGGUGGCUCUGUUCUGCUUUCUGUUCAUUCGCUCUCUGACUAAUAAGCAGGAUUUUAACUCAGAGUCCAGUAAUGAAGUUGAGAAAACUGCCAAUGGAUUGGAUGGAUCACUGGAGAUCCUGUGAUUGACAGCGCAAAUGAGCCUGUUGAAAAUCAGUUUAAUAACAUGAUGGCCGGAGAAUAAGAACUAAUGAAUUUAGAAGGAAACUGGUUUUUACAUUUAUGCUGUUUACCAUUUUCAAAGAACAUUUUAUGUAAAUGGGAAGUCUUCUUCACACCAUAAGAUUAAUUAUGGAGUUCCACUGGGUUCUGUGCUAAGACCAGUACUUUUUAUUGUUAUGCAGAUGAUACUCAGCUUUACUUAUCAAUGAAGCCAGAUGACACACAUCAAUUUGUUAAACUGCAGGAAUGUCUUAAAGACAUUAAGGCCUGGAUGACC